AUGGCGACCAGAGCGUUGCUCUCCGUUAUCUCUGCUUCUCCGCGCAGGAUCAAAAUCGAAACUUCAAUUUUUUCUUCUUCAUCUCUUUCUUCUAGUCUCCAGUUGCAAAGAUACAGUAGAAAAGCCCACAGAAUAGCUCGAAGUUUCUCGUCUGACACAAACCCAUCCGUUCUUCAGCCGCCGGACGUGGCCCGUCUGGCUGAGACAGCUCGAAUCUCUCUCACUCCGGCCGAGAUUGAAGAAUGUGGAACUAAACUUCGUCAGGUCACCGAUUGGUUUGGCCAGCUUCAACAAGUUGAUGUUAACAGUGUGGAGCCAGCGAUUAGAGCAGAAAUGGAAGGCGGGAACUUACGAGAGGAUGCUCCCGAAACAUUUGAGAACAGGGAGAGUAUAAGAGCUUCCAUUCCAAGCUUUGAUGAGGCAUAUUUAAAAGUCCCUAAAGUACUCAACAAAGAGUGA